CGCCGUGACUCAGAGCCGGCGCGGCCAGGGGGUGAGCCGAGGUCUCUUGUUGUGGGAUUUUUUUCCCCGGCAGGUUAUAAAUAGCCCCGCUCGGCGCCGUGUCAGGGAAGGACACCCCGGCCGGGCGCGGGGAGAGGCCGCCGGCGUUCCGCCUCCCGGUCCGGCCGCCUCCAGCCUGCCUGCCGGCGGGCCCCUCUGCUCCGGGGCGGGACGGCCCCCGCCGCCCUCCGGCUUAUUGUUUUCACACGCGAAAUAUAAUUAAUAUCUCUCGCUGGAGGCAGCGACAGGCAGUCUGCGCGGGGGGAGCAGCACAGCGCCUCGGCUCCUUCCAGACCUCUGCGGAGAAAAUGAAGCCGGAACGAGAUACUUUGGAUGAAUACUUUGAGUAUGAAGCUGAGGAGUUCCUGGUCUCCUUGGCCUUGUUGAUCACUGAAGGUCGAACACCUGAGUACUCUAUCAAGGGCAGAACAGAGGGAUUCCACUGCCCACCAGCACAAUCAAGUCAGCCACCAACAACUAAGCAUGAAUGCAGCGACAAGCUUGCUCAGUGUCGUCAAGCCAGGCGAACCAGGUCUGAGGUUAUGCUGUUGUGGAAGAACAAUAUUCCAAUCAUGGUAGAAGUGAUGCUGCUUCCAGACUGUUGCUAUAAUGACGAAGGGCCCAGCACUGAGGGGAAUGAUUUAAACGAUCCUGCAAUCAAACAAGAUGCAUUGCUGUUAGAAAGGUGGAUUUUGGAGCCAGUUCCUCGACAGAGCGGGGAUCGAUUUAUUGAAGAGAAGACCCUCCUGUUGGCUGUUCGCUCUUUUGUUUUCUUCUCUCAGCUAAGUGCAUGGCUGAGUGUUUCACAUGGUGCUGUUCCCCGAAACAUUCUGUACAGGGUGAGUGCGGCAGAUGUAGACUUGCAAUGGACAUUCUCCCAGACACCAACUGAGCACGUCUUUCCUGUUCCUAAUGUUUCUCACAAUGUGGCCUUGAGAGUCAGUGUCCAGUCCUUGCCCAGACAAUCGAACUACCCAGUUUUGACCUGUAGUAUUCACACCAACCUCAGCUUUUAUGAAAAGCAGAUGCAAGAGCGUGAGUUACAUCAGCACAGUGAUCCCAGUGAGGCCCAGCAAUGCAGCACUUCCAGUCCGCAACGUUUCUGUGGGAAACAGACGUGGACAAUGACACCUGAAGGCCUACUUAAUGGAAAAAAGACACCUGAAUUUACCACAUCUCUAAGAAAUUUAAAACUUUAUCCUUCUACCGGACUCAGAUCUGACUUUGGGGCAUCGCAGUCUAAAGUUCAGUGCUACAAUGCUACAGCAGACAACAAGACACAGUCUCGUGAAACACCUGUCAGAACGUUAAAAUCUUUUUCUCUAGUUGAUUCCCAUGUUUUGAAUUCCCAUCAGCCCACAGGAGAAACCAAUCCUUUGAUAGGCUCUUUACUUCAGGAGCGACAAGAAGUCAUUGCAAGGAUUGCUCAGCACUUGAUCCACUGUGAUCCAGCUACUUCACCAGUUGUUGCUGGACGUCCGUUCAACGUCCGUGAAAACAGCUCUGCUACAUCCAAAGCUUUCCGGAGUACUUACGAUGACGAGAACUUGCCAAGGAAAGGCAAGGAAACCUCCCCUCUUUCUACUGCCAAUUUAGACAAUGCAACACAAGUGGAGGGUGGUGAAGGCAAGACUAGAGCAACACCAGAGAUCCCAGUGCUUGAUGCCCGUGUUCCAGUGAACCACUGUGGCCGUCAGUUGGCAGGAGAGAGUAAUCCCCUGAUCGGUUCUCUGCUGCAGGAGAGGCAGGAGGUGAUAGCAAGGAUUGCCCAACACUUGAUCCAUUGUGAUCCAGCUACCUCCCGUGUCACCAAACAUCCAUUCAAAGUGCAGGAGACAAGCCCAGUUACUUCAAAAGUUUAUCGAAGUACAUAUGAAGAUGAAAAUUUGCUGAAGAAAGGCAAGGAACCAUCUCCUGUUUCUUUUGCUAAAUCCAAUGUUUCUUCAUUAGAAGACAUCAGUAAAUCAAGGGUGAAGACACCUGAUACUCCUACCAGUCCUUCUAGAGUUGAUGGAGGAUCAAAGCUUCAGAAUUCUCUGAAAUUUCAAGCAAGAAGAAAAUUGAUUUUAGCAAAACCCAACGAAGCUGUCCGAAAUGCAUUUCAUCAGACUUCAAAUAAAACUUCACAUGCAUUUACUAACAUUCACACAUCAUCGUCGUGUGUUAAAGAAAAUAAAUCUGAAUUGCCAGAUAAAUCUGAAAUACUACAUUCUGGUAAUGCACAGAAAGACCAGAUAACCAAUAGAAUUAAGCAGUGUUCAAAUUUCAGCAGCAUUGAUGAACAGAUUUGCACAAAUUUACUUAAAGAAAGAACAGUUGUUAGUGAGAACAGUGGCAUGGGGAACUGUAACAAUUUACAGGUAGAUAAAUGCAGAAUACUUGAUGGUACAAAAAAAGCAACUGUGAUGCAAGUAUCUGACUCUUUGCACAAAAAUGAGUUCAAGUGUUUAGAUAAAGACUCAAAACCCUCAAAUAUUUAUGAACAAAAUACUCAGCUUAUUAGUAUUGAAAACUAUUUAAAUAAAGAUCUUGACAGUUUCAAAAACAAAACCAAACAAGAUAAAACAAAAACUGCACACGAUGAGAAUGAAGACCCAGUAGGCCUCGAUUUCCAAAGCACUUCUCAGAAGAAACCUGCAGAAGAUGUCACAGCUAAGUGUGAGCGGCCAAAGAACCCAGAUGUACAGAAAGCACCAUCUCUAAAACACACAAAUACAUGGCGGAAACAUAAUUUUCGAUCCUUGGAUGGAACUUCAACCAAGGCUUUUCAUCCCAGAACUGGAUUGCCUCUGCUUUCAAGUCCUGUUCCUCAAAGGAAAACACAGUCUGGGUGCUUUGAUAUGGAUUCCUCGCUGCUGCAGUUGAAAUGUGUGUCUGCAAGAAGCCCACAACAAUGUAUAAACAGAGACAGUGAUCCAGAGAGCCAUGGGAAACCAUUUCUAAGUUCUAGUGCUCCACCAGUAACAAGUCUUAGCCUUCUGGGAAACUUUGAGGAGUCUGUCCUGAAUUUUCGCUUAGACCCGCUCGGUGUUGUGGAGGGUUUCACAGCAGAAGUGGGAGCAAGUGGAGUCUUUUGUCCCACGCACAUGACAUUGCCAGUUGAAGUGUCAUUCUACAGCGUUUCAGAUGAUAAUGCACCCUCUCCUUACAUGGGUGUAAUUACUCUAGAGUCCCUUGGUAAAAGGGGUUAUCGGGUACCGCCUUCAGGAACAAUACAAGUGACCUUAUUUAACCCUAACAAAACUGUGGUGAAGAUGUUUGUGGUGAUCUAUGACUUGAGAGAAAUGCCAGCUAAUCAUCAAACAUUCCUACGGCAAAGAACUUUUUCUGUUCCUGUCAGACGAGAAAUCAAGAGAACUGUCAAUAAAGAAAAUAGUCAACAGACUGAAGAAAGGCUACUACGCUACCUCAUACAUCUGAGGUUCCAGAGUUCUAAAUCUGGAAAGAUCUACCUCCACAGAGAUGUAAGGCUCCUCUUCUCUCGGAAAUCCAUGGAAGUUGAUAGUGGCGCUGCAUAUGAACUCAAAUCUUACACUGAAUCUCCAACGAAUCCUCAGUUUUCACCCAGAUGCUAGCAAACAAUGGCAAACUGAUGUAUUCCUUUUACUGUUGAUUACUCCUUACAGGUGAAGCUUGGUAGAGGUGACAGUAUAAAGUUAUGUCUGUAAAGGAAUGAAAAUAGCACUCAGGAGAGAGAAGGUUCUGAUGUGAUCCCGGACCAGUUUUUAAAAGGUUUCUGGAAUGAGCUUUGUGUAUUCCAAGUAGACUGGAAACAUACUUAAAUCUAAUCUUUUUGUACUGUUUAAAACCACUUCAUUGGAUGUGUUGCAAUAGCAAAUUCCCAAGUUAGUUUAGUGUUUACACUUUUUAUUUUAUUUUUCAGUUAUUUAAUAUUUAAUGUUUCAUUUAAUACUCAAGUGAUGUUUGUCUUUAGUGUUCUAAUGUAGCAUAAAUCCUAUGUAAAAUCAUACUAUGUAUUUUUGGCAUUAAUAUUGAAAUCUGAAAUAUAUACAGAUGUCUUUAA